CGGCUGUGGUCGACAUGAGUGGCUUCGGGUUGCUUUUUCGAGUGGGGCGCGCGGCUCUCCCCUGGGGGGUCAGGCAGCUCCGCACCGGCUGCCCUCGUCCCGCCUUCGCCAAAGAGCUUUUCAUGGGGAGGAUGCGGAAGUACUUCAUGUAUUUUCUAAAGGAGAAAAGUGGAUAUCCUAAUUUUAUUUGCAAGGACGAUACCAGGAUUGAGAGGAAGAGCAGUGUCAUAUGAAUCUAGCUAAUGUUUGCCUGGCUUCAUCACUUUGUCCUUUUAGGUGCCAGGAAGAGGUUUUUCCUUUUCCUGAGAUUAGCAAUGAAGAAUUGGAGGAGAUCAAUCAGUUUGUAGGACCAGUAGAAAAAUUCUUCAAUGAAGAAGUGGAUUCAAAAAAAAUUGACCAAGAUGCUAAAAUUCCGCACGAAACCCUUAAUGGACUGAAGAACCUGGGGCUCUUUGGCAUACAGAUUCCAGAAGAAUAUGGUGGCCUUGGACUUUCAAAUACUAUGUAUGCACGUUUAGGAGAAAUCACUUCUCAAGAUGGAGCCAUUGCAGUAACUUUGGCAGCUCAUCAAGCUAUAGGACUAAAGGGAAUCCUUAUUGCAGGCACUGAAGAACAAAAGAAAAAGUACCUACCAAAGCUAGCAUCUGGGGAACAUAUUGCUGCAUUUUGUCUCACAGAACCAGGAAGUGGAAGUGAUGCCGCAUCCAUCCAGAGUAGAGCUACAUUGAGUGAAGAUAAGAAAAGUUUCUUGCUAAAUGGUUCAAAGAUAUGGAUAUCAAAUGGUGGUAUUGCGGAUAUUUUUACCGUGUUUGCAAGGACUGAAAUCGUUGACAAAGAUGGUGCUGUAAAAGACAAAAUUACUGCUUUCAUUGUUGAAAGAGCUUUUGGUGGAAUCACUAAUGGAAAGCCAGAGGACAAGCUGGGCAUUCGGGGAUCUAAUACUUGUGAAGUGCAUUUUGAAAAUACAAAAGUCCCUAUAGAGAAUGUUAUUGGAGAAAUAGGAGGGGGAUUUAAGAUUGCUAUGAAUAUUCUCAACAGUGGAAGAUUUAGCAUGGGCAGUGCAUCUGCUGGAGUGCUCAAAAAACUGAUAGAAAUGACAGCAGAAUAUGCUUGUACAAGAAAACAGUUUGAUAAGAAGCUGAGUGAAUUUGGAUUAAUUCAGGAAAAGUUUGCCCUUAUGGCUCGGAAAGCAUAUGUAAUGGAGAGCAUGGCCUACCUCACUGCAGGGAUGAUGGACAGACCAGGGGUUCCCGAUUGUUCAGUUGAAGCAGCCAUGGUUAAAGUGUUUAGUUCUGAAGGUGCAUGGACUUGUGUGAGUGAAGCCUUACAAAUUCUUGGAGGCCUUGGUUACAUGACAGAUUAUCCAUAUGAACGCUAUCUCCGGGAUUGCAGAAUACUUCUGAUUUUUGAGGGAACAAAUGAAAUUCUACGAAUGUAUAUUGCUUUGACAGGAAUGCAGUAUGCAGGCAAAAUAUUAACUGACAAAAUAAAGGAAAUCAAGAAGGGAAAUGUGGGCGUGGCAUUGGCUUUGUUUGCAAACAACAUACGUGAUGCCAUUGGCCGAAAAGUAGAUUUAGGACUAGUUGGUAAACAUGGAGUGGUGCAUCCCAGUCUAGAAGAAAGUGCCAAGAAACUCGAACAAAAUGUGUAUUAUUUCGGAGUUACAGUAGAAAGCUUGCUGAAGAGGUUUGGCAAGACUAUUGUGGAUGAGCAGCUGGUUCUUAAGAGAGUGGCAGACAUCCUCAUUAAUCUGUAUGCAAUGACAGCCGUGAUUUCCAGAGCUAGCCGAUCUAUCAGUAUUGGUUUGCGCAAUCAUGAUCAUGAGGUGCUGCUUGCCAAUAUUUUCUGCACUGAAGCUGCUUUCAAGAAUAACUAUGCACUGGCAGAGUUAGCAAAAUUUGCUCCUGAAAACAUGGAUGACAGUAUUAAAAAAGUGGCAAAGCAGGUGCUGGAAAAAAGAACAUAUAUCUGUUCCCACCCACUUGAAAGAACGUUCUGAAGGCUUCAACAUGGUCACUAAAAGUGCAAUCUGAAGUGUUGCUGCUUUGCCUACAGGGGGCCAAAUACCUCACAGUGCAAGUGAAUGUAAACAAAGCAAUCUUCAGUUUUUCAGUCAGCCAUGAGACAAAAUGUAUGACCAACAGUCAGCAUGCUAACAAAUGUAUUCAGCAGCAGCAAAUUUUUAUAAAAUAAAAAUUAUUCAAUUUAAGUGCCUGAACCCAACUAAAAAUCUCAAGAGAUCUAGGCCAGACCCUAGACUCGGAGUGGGGAGUGCUGUCCCACUAUCUUUCACUUCAAAACCCCAGCAUUGUGUUUUUCAAUACCAUGCAUAAAGAGGCUGCCUUACACUGGCCCAGCCCGUGGAGCUCAGUAGUGUCUUCCUGGUGGCAAUGGCUCUCCAAGGUUUCAGGCAGGAGUCCUUUCCAGUCCUACCCGAAGAUGCUAGGUAUGCUUGGAGAUGCAUUUCAUGCAGAAAGUCCUGUCACUGAGCCACAGCUCCAUCCCCAGCUAGACAGGUCUACUGAAAUGCAUGGAAAUUUCCAUCUCAAGCAAACCCUACUUUUUGUCUGUCCUAAACAGUCUCAUUGGCGCAGUCCUGAUUUUAGUGUUGAGAUGAAGACAAACUGUACUCUCACCUAUUCACACCUCCUACUGUGCAUGAUUUUAUAAACCUCUACCAAUUCUCCCCUUAAUCACCUUUAAUUUAAAAAUCCAACCAAAAGUGCAUAUAGUAUUCUGUCCCUAGAACUCACUAUUUAACUUUAGAAAUGGUCACAUCAGGUUUCCACAGUGACUUUGCUCACAAGUCUAUUGCAGCACAGGAAGUGGAUCACUGGAUGUUAUAUCUACAUGAUCACUUGAGGUUACAUCACAACCAGAUGUUCACUCUCAGAUUACCUGUUUAUUCUGCUGUUUGAUUCAAGGGCCAUUUUCGUGAAGGCCACCUCUUGUAGUGAAAUGAAUUACUUCUUGUAAAUAAUCUGGAAAAUAGAAUAGGCUCUUUACUGGAAACAAACUCCUGACAUUUACUUAGGCUCACUCUCUUACUAUUAUUUAUACAGGUGACCCUCAUUAUCUGUGGGUCAUGGUUUCACAUAUCUGUGGUUUGGUCUUAGAGAUGUAGUUUCUUUAUUUGCAGGUAGAAAAAAAUCACUUAUAUGUGUUUUUUACCCGGAAAUGACUUCUGAUGUCAUCUCUGGCCACCAUUUUACAGUGGAGAGCCAUUUUGUGGCUCUCUUUAAAAAAAAAAAACACAAAAAAAACCGCUGGUAAAUAUUUGACUGGGUUUGGGGGCAUUGCUAGAGACCUGAAUAAUAAAGUACAGUGCUUUUCUCCUUA